AAAACGUGAAGAUGUUUUGGUAAUGGGCCAAAAAGUCAGUGAAGCCCAAUUAAAACUCAACAAAAUCACAGUCCAGCAAAUGACAACGGUCAGCUGCAAAUGAAGCCAAAAGCAAAGGAUAUGCAGAGCCAGUCCUUAUCCUCAUGUCGUACGGUACGGAGGCGCAAAUAAAAAACUGUCGUUUUGACACCCUCUUGAUUUUGUGCUGAUGUGAUAUGCUGGACAGCUCAGCUGCGCCCAAGUAGGUUAAACCAUUGUAAGCUCAAUCUAUAUAAAGAGCCGAGACAUUGUAAGUUGAAAGGGAAUAAUAAUAAAAAAAAGGUAGAAACUUUCUCCAUCGUCUCUGGUUCUGAAGGUUUUUCUUUCAGAAAUGACGAGUACAAACACGAGAAACAAAGGCAAAUGCAUAGUAGAAGGACCACCACCGACUCUAAGCCGUUAUGAGUCACAAAAAAGCCGCGACUGGAACACGUUUUGCCAGUAUCUCAUGACCAAGAUGCCACCAGUUCACGUAUGGGAGUGUGAAUCAAACCACAUCCUCGAUUUCCUCCAAAGUCGUGACCAGUUUGGUAAAACAAAAGUUCAUAUCCAAGGAUGCGUUUUCUUCGGACAGAAAGAGCCACCAGGAGAGUGUAACUGCCCGUUGAAACAGGCGUGGGGAAGCUUAGAUGCUUUGAUCGGACGGCUGAGAGCAGCUUACGAGGAGAACGGUGGCUUAACGGAGAAAAACCCGUUUGCCCGGGGAGGGAUUAGGAUUUUUCUGAGGGAAGUGAGAGGUUCACAGGCGAAGGCGAGAGGAGUUUUGUACAAAAAAAAGAAGCGUCUUGUAGUUGUUGGUACGGGAACUAGUACUACUUGGACUUAAUUUGCCUAAUUAAAUCACCUUGGAAUCAUCAUAGUUUAAUGAUUAUUGACUUGUUCUUGUUACCUAUCUAUUUAUAUAUAAAUGAUACAGAG